AUGGUGGAUCAAGGGUCUUUUAUACCGGCGUUCAGUCGUCCGGUGACAGUCGCCUACAUUGAUCAUCACCUCCAACAGCAGCACCCGAUGUUUGCGAACCCGCCUGUGCAGUACAAUCCCUUGUCCGGGCAGUAUACCCCAAACAAGAAUGCCUUGGCACCGUGCGCGGACGAUGAUCACCUUCCAUCAAGACCGGAUUUGGGAGAUGUCAAGGCCAUGAGGUUCUGGAAUGGCAUAUUUCCCGAUGCCAUGGCCGAGUUCAAGACGACAAAAGAACCCCACGGCCGGGCCAGCACCGACUACAGCAUUCGGAGCCAGGACAGUUGGGACGAAAUCUACCGCCGGCUCGAAGCGGCGCAGGCCAAAUAUCAACAAGUAGGGGGGCCGGUAGGGUGGCUGCGGAAAGUGCGGCGAAAGAUGGCUGACAACAUUGCGCCGGUGGCCGGGGCGGUCGGGAUUGCCGGCACAGUUGGCCACGGCGAGCCCAUUGUCACGCCGGUCUUGGGUGCUGUGGAAAUGGUCCUGGAUGCUCUCGAGGCCUUUAACGGCCUUGUCCCCAUCUUCUCCGAUGUUGAAUUGUUCCUAGGCACCUUCCCGGGGGACCCGCGAAUCCGGAGCGCCUCGGUGGACCUCACUGUCACAAUACUAGACUCCAUCGAGAGGGCCAUCGGUUUCUUCAUAAGCAAUGAGUUUCUGAGAGCUGGCAAGGCCCUGCUUACCAGGGGCGACUACGAGAAAAGCAUGGUGGACAGCUUGACCAUGAUCAAGACCAGAAGCUCAAGCCUCAUGGAGGAAGCCGCAAAGUCGCAUAUUCACGAAUUCCAUAUGUACUCACAAGAGACACGAAAGUUCCAAAGGCAGCUCCUGCAGGGGGUGCAGAACGUAGGCGACGGGCUUAACUCGAUGAACAGAUUGUUUGCGGAGUACGCGCUCCGAAAGGAACGGGAGCUCGAAGCCACCCGACAGGAGAACCUGCGCCUCCAUAUCAUAAACGAGAGGCUGCGAGCCACCACCCCAACCCCACAGGUGCAGACGGUUACCAGGGGGCCGCACAUCAGCCAAGGAGGCCUCCGGCGGAUGCUCGACACGCCCGAUCUCGACCUGACCGACCUCGCCUUCGUCAACGACAAGAAGGGCCAACUACCGGAAAGAGAACGGACACAAGCGGAGCAAAUCAUCAACACGCACCUCUUCCAAAACUGGGCCAUAACGACACGCUCGUCCAAACUACUCGUACACUGGGACUUCAACACCCCGCAAACCAUAGCCGACGUCUCGCCGUUGUCGGUAGUCUGCGCCACCAUGACGCAAGCGCUGCGGGCCAAGGAGCACUUUGUGUCGGCGGUGUGGUUCUGCGGGCAGCACACGGACCCGGCCGAGGCCGGCGCCCACAUCGGAGGGCGCGCCAUGCUGCACAGCCUAAUAGAUCAGCUGCUAAGACAGCAUGCCUUUGAUGUGCGGCCCCUGUGCAGUUUCAUCGACCCCGCGGCCUUGCAAGCGGGGAGGCUCGAUACGCUUAUCCAGCUGCUCGAGUGGUUGGUGCGGCAGCUGCCCGAGACCACGACGUUUUUCUGCAUUAUCGACGGGGUGUGUCUGUUUGAGCGGGACGAGUUUCAGCGCGAGGCAGUGCCUGUGUUGCUAAGCCUCAUCCGUUUGGCCGGGGAUACGGCCGUGUCUACCACUGUCAAAGUGCUGCUCACGAGCACACCAGGGACAGACAUUGUGAGGGGCGCUUUUGAGGAGGAAGACCUGAUUCUGAAUGUGGACGGACUGCCGCAGUUGGGGUGGGCGCCAAACGAUGAGCGCAUGAUCCGGGAGCUGGAUAGGGAGAUGGAUGAAGCCGCGUGGAGCCGACCGCAAACCUUGAGACCUCAAGGGCCUACGGCGGUGGAGAGAGCCGCGGGCACGGUCAUGCGCUGGACAGGGGGAAUCGUUGAUACGAACAGAGUAGUAGAAGAGGCUUGGAAAGCGAGGUGGUUAAAGGAACGGGACGGCAGGGCAAUCACCAGGCCGGCGGACGACUUUGACCAUCAGCAGGAGACGCUAUUCCGGAACGAAACCCUAAGGAGGCACGACGGUCUCAGCAAGGCGAAGAGCUCACUGCUGAUUCAAAUCCGGACGGGAGCAAUAGGCUUACGGGACUUCUUGUUUACACGGGGAGUCCCCGAGGUUCUGACUCCUGCCUGCGAGUGCGGCGAGGGACGAGAGACUGCCGAACACCUGGUAGUGUGGUGUUUGGCCCCACCGUUGACUCGAAGAUGGGAGAGAACUGGAAUUCGGACACGACGGGACUUUUACUCUGUUCUACACGGCAUCAAUCCCACGACUGCACGGCUCGCGAGGAGAGUCCUCGACUGGUUGAUGGACUCGGGGAAGCUGCCGAUGUACAACUUAGCUAGGAGGCUCGAGCUGGAAGCGGCGGCCUGA